AUGGCAGCCAGCAGGAAGAUGAGGAAGGAGCUAGAAGAAAUCCACAAGUGUGGGAUGAAAAACUUCCAUAACAUCCAGGUUGAUGAAAAUAAUUUAUUGACUUGGCAAGAGCUCAUUGUUCCUAACAACCCUCCUUAUGACAAGGGAUCCUUCAGAAUUGAAAUCAACAUCCCAGGAGAGUAUCCAUUCAAACCCCGUAAGACCAAAUUGAAAACAAAGAUUGGCAACCCUAACAUUAAUGAAAAAGGGCAGGUCUGUCUACCAGUCAUUAGUGCUGAAAACUGGAAGACAGAAACCAAAAGUGACCAAGUUAUCCAGUCCCUCAUGGAACUGGUGAAUGACCCCCAGCUUGAGCACCCCUUUAGGGAUGACCUAGGGGAAGAGUACUCUAAGGACCGUAAAAAAUUUUGUAAGAACACUGAAGAGUUUACAAAGAAAUAUGGGGAAAAGUGA